GGGCGGGGAGAAAGAUAGGCACCAGUUUAUUGGCGUACCCAAAGGAAGGUAAAACUUCACAACCCCCACGUGCAGCAAUUUAGUGUUUGGAUGUGUGGGUCCUGUCCAAUUCUGGAGUUCAGAGAAAGCAAGAGAAGGGGCUGACUGCCACUCAAGUGGGUUCCCGGAUCCCGAGUAGGGAUGGGGCAGGCUCAGUUUGCAUUCCUGCCCUUGUAGGUAGAGAUCACAGUGUAGGAAUAUGUGCUUCAGGCUUUACCUUUCCUGGUUACAAGAACAUCGCUGGCCCUACCAGAGCCCGCAAAAGGCAAUAUUAAACCAUUCCAAGGGAUCUAGGAAGUAUUUCUAGAGAAACUUGCCAUGUUCUCAGUAUAUUCUCACAACAAUUAUCUGAAGUGUUCUCUCCAUUUUGCAUAUGAAUUAACUGAAGCUGAGAGAGAGGUUAAGUUACUUGCUUAUACUGACAAUAAGUGGAAGAGCUGAGAGUCGAACCAGACGAGUUUUCACCGAAUUUUAUUCUGGCGUUUUGUUUGUUUUUGAGUAUAGUUGACACGCAAUCUUACAUUAGUUUCUGCUGUACAACUUGGUGGUUUGACAAGUUUUACCUUGUGCUAUGAUCGCCACAAGUGUAGUUAGGACCCUGCAAAAAAAAAAAAGAGUUGUAUUUAUUCUCCUUUUGAAAUAUUUGAGCAAUGAAUGCAGAAUAAAUUUUGAUUUGUAGUCUUUUUUUGUUGUUGUUAAUAGUCUUUGGUGAAUUUGCAGAUCUUCCAGUGAAGACUGUGUAAAUAAAGCUGUGAGUCCCUCUUGCAUAUUUUAGCCUUUCUAUGGCCCCAACUUUGCUGGUUUAAAUUCUUAAAAAACUAUACUGGUUCAUAGAAGAUGGUGAAUUUCCAAAGAAAGAGAGAGAGACAGAUUUAGAAUUUAAACUGAAGGCUCUGUCUUUAAAAAACAAAAAAAAAAAAAUUCCUGGAUCCCUCAAUCCAGCCUUCUCAAGAAAACCCAACCUAAUUUGAGCUCUCUUAUCCCAGCUUCAGAGCAGAGACCAGAGAGUCACAGGAAGGACUGACUUCCAGAGAUAUACUGAGUUUCAGAAACUAGGGUUUUAGUUAGUUUUUGGACUUAUUUAUUAUUUUUUUUCUUAGGAUAAAAUUUUGGGAAGAAAAAAAUGUCACUAGUUCUAAGAUUAACAACUUGCCAUUAGAUCAGUAGGACAAAAAUGUACAACAUACUUACCUAAAUUUCAUAGAUUCAUAACAGAUCUACCAGUAGAGUUCGGCACUUAUAAAAUAUGGACUUUCCUGACAUCUCCUAGAAUCGUCAUUCUCUCACUAGGUGACAUUUACUGAAGCUGCAAUAUCCGUGUGUAAGAGCUCCAGAAAAUGAUCAACUUCCAGGGAUCGGUGACAUUCCAGGAUGUGGCUGUGGACUUCACCCCAGAAGAGUGGCAGCUGCUGGACUGUGAUCAGAGAACCUUGUAUUGGGAUGUGAUGCUGGAGAACUUUAGAAACCUCACCGCAGUGGGGGGUCCAGUUACCAAAACAAAAGUGAUCUUCAAGGAGGAGCAAGGACAGGAGUCAUGGAUGGUGGAGGGGGAGAACCCAUGUUGGCGCUAUCCAGAAGCUGAUUGGCUACUUGUUGAUGAAUCAGAGAAGAACCAAGAAAGCAAAGACAAUUUUUUGAAUUCAGUUUUGUUCACCUUCAAUAAAAUUCUGACUAUGGAGAGACUCCAUGGUUAUAACAUGAGCACAAGCCUUCAUCCUACAAGAAAAAAACCAUAUGAAUGUAAAUCAUAUGGGAAGAGUGUGCAGUCUACUUUAGAUUUACUUAAUUAUAAUACAUACUAUACUGGAGAAAACUCUUAUGAAUGCACUCAAUGUGGGAAAACCUUCAAAAAGAAGUUUCAUUUCAUUAGACAUGAAAAAAAUCAUACAAGAAAAAAGCCCUUUGAAUGCAACGACUGUGGGAAAGCCUAUAGCAGGAAGUCUCACCUUACAUCUCAUCAGAAAAUCCAUAAUGGAGAGGGAGCCUUUGUGUGCAGUGAUUGUGGGAAAGCAUUUAUGUACAGAGCACAACUGGUGGUCCACCAGAGACUUCACACUGGAGAGAAGCCUUAUGAAUGCCAUCAGUGUGGGAAGUCAUUCACUUGGAACUCUUCCUUUACCCAACAUGUGAAAUCUCAUACACUCGAAAACUCGUUUGAAUGUAAAGAAUGUGGGAAAACCUUCAGGUAUAGCUCAUCCCUUUAUAAACAUUCUAGAUUUCAUACAGGAGAGAAACCCUACCGAUGUAUCGUAUGUGGCAAAGCCUUUGGUAACACAUCUGUGCUUGUUACGCAUCAAAGAAUUCAUACAGGAGAGAAACCAUAUGGGUGUAUUGAAUGUGGCAAAGCGUUCAUCAAGAAGUCACAUCUCCUUAGACAUCAGAUAACUCAUACAGGAGAAAAGCCCUAUCAAUGUAACAAAUGUGGGAAAGCUUUUUCCCAGAAGUCAAAUCUUAUUGUACAUCAGAAAACUCAUACAUAAUAUUCAUGCUGUGAAUAUGACAAAGCCUUAAAUAUUAGAUAAAUCUUAUUAAAUCGAAAAUUCAUGGUGAAGAGAAAUCCACCAAUUUGGAUUUGGCAAAGUAGAUUCCCAUAAAAAAAUAAUGCCAGUCAUGUUCCGAAAGUGAUAAUAAAGUGUUAAAAAGGUCACAGAAAACAUUGAUUUAUAAAUAAUAGAGCAUGGAGCUUAAAAAGUAGCAUAAAAUAAUGAAGGAAUUAGUGAAAACUACAUUUACCGUCUCUGAUUUUUAUUUUUAUAACAAAUUAUCAAAUAUGCAAGUGUGAGUAUAAAAUGUUUACGUAUUAAAUUAUAUCUGUUAAGAGUGAAGCACAUACCAUUUUUUCUUCCAAUCCUAAAAACCUGCAAGUGAAAAAAUGGUUUAAUACGAAGUAUGAAUUUCAGUAAUAUUUUCAUCCAUUUGCUGGCACUUUUAAUGGGCAAGGCAGUGUUACUGAAUCUCAGUCUCCUCUUUAAUUAUAAAACUUGUUAAAAAGAUGUUUUCCUGUGUAUGUAAGCAGCAAAACAAACAAUAUACCAAUUGAGAGGGAAAAGCCUUUGUAUUCUGUAUUACGGUAAGCAUUCAGUUGAAAAUAAGUUUGUAAAUAAAACAUUUGCCCUUCACACA